AGUUAGCUGCGUGUAGUCACACGCCGCAUACACCUGAUAAUGAACAUUUUUCGCCCAUUUGCUGUCUUAUCUGUCGAGAAAUGGUCGGUGGCUUAUAAAGUCGUCUUUCUUUCAUGUCGCUUAUUUAUCUCGCUCCCAAACUCUGCGACCCCACUGACCCUUCGACGUCAUCUGCUAGCGCUGCGUGCCCACUUCCUCCAGAGCCGCUCUCUCCGCUUAGUUUACCACUUAGACACAGCCGCAGCAGCGCCGAGCAAACUCUGACCCGACCCGUUAUAUUCCUCCCAGAGUCGAAAAAGACCGAGAGCGCGUUUAAACGGAGGCGCUUCAGCGGCAGGUUUUACAUCGAGUUUCUCGGUGAACCAGUCAACAGGGACAGUGCUGGGCGGCAAAGUUGUUCUGUGGUUAGUGUGGUACAGUAGUGGCCGUGUGGUCGUCUGUCCGCCUGUCUGUCUGUCUUUCUGAUGGAGUGUCCUCACCUCAGCUCCAACCUGUGUGUGGCGGUGGACCCCGCUCGGUUCCCCAGCGGUUCGCCCUCUUCAUGGUGCUGUAGCGUUUGCCGGUCAAACAAAAGUCCCUGGGUUUGCCUCACCUGCCUGAAUGUGCAUUGUGGAAGAUAUGUCAAUGGCCAUGCAAAGAAACAUUUUGAGGAGAUUCAGAGUCCAACAAGUGGUCAGAGAAAACCAGAGAAGGAGAAGUUUCAGCAGCACUCUGUGUGUAUGGACUGCAGCAGCUAUAGCACAUUCUGUUACCGAUGUGAUGACUUUGUGGUCAAUGACACCAAACUGGGCCAGGUGCAGCGGGUGAGAGAGCACCUUCAGAGUUUAGAAAACUCUGUGAUGAAUGCUGACAGACAGAGAAAAAGAAAGCUCUCUGGUAGUGCCUCUCCUGACAAGAUGCCAGAGGAUGGUGGUGGCCCUCCAGCUUUGUCUGCCACUGGUCUGCGCAACCUGGGAAACACAUGUUUUAUGAAUGCCAUCCUCCAGUCCCUCAGUAACAUUCCGGAAUUCAGUUGCUACUUUAAAGAAUUGCCAGCAGUGGCGCUGCGGAGCGGGAAAACUGCAGGAAGAAGAAUGUACCACACCAGAAGCCAGGGGGACAGCAGUGUGUCCCUGGUAGAGGAGCUCAGGAAAACCCUGUGUUCCCUUUGGCAAGGGAAUCAGACUGCCUUCAGCCCAGAUGCUCUGUUCUAUGUCAUCUGGAAAAUAAUGCCAAGUUUCAGGGGUUACCAGCAGCAGGAUGCUCAUGAGUUCUUGCGGUACCUGCUGGAUCACCUGCACAGAGAGCUGCAGGGCAGUAAGAACGGACUACCUGGCCCCAGCCUACUUUCAGACAGGCCAAACCUUACCUCAGAAAGCAAAUGCUGCAUUAAUGGGACCCCCACAGUAGUCACCUCUGUAUUUGGCGGAGUGCUGCAGAAUGAAGUCAACUGUUUGAUAUGUGGCACAGAGUCAAGGAAGUUUGACCCAUUUUUAGACCUCUCUUUGGACAUUCCUAGCCAGUUUCGAGUGAAACGAACUAAGGACCAAGAGCCAGGGCCAACCUGCAACCUGCACAACUGCCUUUCUAGUUUCACUGACCUGGAGGAGCUUGAUGAAACAGAGCUGUACAUGUGCCAUAAAUGUAAAAAGAGACAGAAGUCCACAAAAAAAUUCUGGAUCCAGAAACUGCCUAAGGUCUUGUGUUUGCACCUAAAGAGGUUUCAUUGGACAGCUUUUCUGAGGAACAAGGUGGAUACCUAUGUGGAGUUCCCACUGCGAGGCCUUGACAUGAAGCGCUAUUUACUGGAGCCUGAAAACAGUCUUCCUGAAAGCUGCCUGUAUGACCUUGCUGCAGUAGUGGUGCAUCAUGGAUCUGGGGUGGGAUCAGGUCAUUACACGGCAUAUGGGCAUCAUGAAGGCCGCUGGUAUCACUUCAACGACAGCACUGUGACUCUGGUCAGUGAGCAGACGGUGGCCAAAGCUAAGGCUUAUAUCCUCUUCUACACUGAGCGGACAGAGCAAGACAGGAUGGCCUCAGAGACUGAGCCCAAGCUUUAAUCAGCCUUACUGUACCAAGAAGCCUUCAAAAUAAUAGCCCACCUCUCUUGCACACAGUUCCAUGUUCAGCUUCAGUUGGCAUUUCACUCAUACCAACAACAGAAAAAACCUCAGUAAAACCUAAUUGCUGCUGUUUUUAUUUUUUCUUUUUUUGAAAACAUUCCUUUUGCUUAGUAAAGAGUCCAAAGGAGGUUGUCAUAUUGGUGGGGAGAAUGCUUUGUUCAUACUAAAAGGCAGUCAGGUGAAAUGUUGGAGCAAUGAAGUGUCGUAAAUGGUGAAAUCAGGAAUGUUGGGAUUUUAUUUUUCUUUUUUGCUCUGCUAGUGAUUGCGGCAGUCAUGUCUCUCUUUUAGACACUGGCCACCUGUUUAAUCAGGUCAGUUGGGUUCCACAAAAGAGCAUUUAUGUAAAUUAUCAGUAUUUCAGCCUCAAAUGUUGUUAUUGCUGUUUGUUGGUAUAGAGACAUUUCUACACUGAAACUUGAAAGAGCCUAAUUUGCAUUCAAAGUAAAUCCUUUUUUAUGGCACACAACUAGUUUACUCUCACGCAUAGCUCCACCUCAAAAAUGUGAAAAGGACUUUUAAAGUGAAGCUCUGCUAGUCCUUGAAGUGUUGGGUUCUUCAUGCUUGGACAUUGUUUGUUUGUUUGUUUGUUUUGUUUGUUUGUUUUGUUUGUUUGUUUAUUUAUACUGUUUUACUGAAAGAAAGCAUAGACCAUGAUUUAAAACCUGAUGCUACCAUAAUGACAUGUGAGCACUCAUUUCAUGCUGUCACUUACAGAAAAAAAGAGAUGCCAGCUGAUCAAAACUUGGGCAAUUUUUUAUUUAUUUUUUUUUUUAAACUUAGUGUAUCGAAAUGUUGGCGAUUAUCUGAAUUCAUCUGUUUAUUAUCUGAAUUAGUUUAAUGCCUUGAUAUGAUCUACAGCAUUUCCCAACCCAGACCUUGGAGACCUUCGGACAGUCACUUCAUUCCUGCUCCCAGCACAACUGUACAAAGCAUUCAGUGUUCUUGAAUGUUGGGUUCAGUCAUAUUGGCAGUGAAAGAGCAAAAAUUGUUGGGGAGACCCCAAGACCUUGGUUGGGAACAUUUGAUCUCCAGUUAGGCUUUAACUUAAAGGGUUCUAUGAAUCUUUCUCACUCAUGCAUUUUAUUUCUGCUGUAGAUUUGUUGCUUCUUGUCUUGCCAAGCAUGAAUCAGAAAGUCAUUCCCUUACACUAUUACGAAAUUGUGUCUGAUCUAACUCACUAACAUGGAUCUUGAUAAGUGAGUCAGCGUAAUCCUGUUCCCUCCAACUGUUUCCUUCCCAGUGUUCUUAAAAUUAUAUGAUUGUGUAAAA